UCACUCACAGGGGAGGAGUCGCCGCCGACUGUCGGUCGGUCGGAGGGAGGAACUGCUGUCUCCGCCAUGUCUGUGGUAUUUGUGCCACAGCGGCUGCGGAGCAAAUGUGAAAUAAACCAGGCGACCAUCCAGAAGUUACUUGACGAGAACAACCAGUUAAUUCAGUGCAUUGUGGAGUAUCAGAACAAUGGCAAAGCUGCAGAGUGCACCCAGUACCAGCAGAUCCUGCAUAGGAACCUCAUCUACUUGGCCACAAUAGCAGAUUCCAGCCAGAAUGUGGCAAGUGCUCAUCCUCUGGUGCUCAACCAGCCAAUGGCAAUGGGGCCAGGAGUAAUGGAUCCUGUUGGGAGAGCUGGAGAUCCCAUGGGAAGUGGAACUCCUCCCCCUGGACAAGGGAACCCUCAUCAAAUGGCAGCUGGCACCCCCUUUCCCCAGGCUCACUGCCAACAGGUUGCGCCCGGCACCUCGAUGGGUUUACCAGUGGUUAGCCACGGCAAUGUGGGAAACUUCAACCAACCAGCUGCUCCCCCACAGAACAUGGCAGCCCAGGAGCAGAUGGGGGUGAGCAUGGGCUCGUCCCUGGCAACUCACCUGCAGCCAGGCUCUCACAAUCCAGCUCCACCACAGCAGCAAGGAUCCCAGGGAGAAUUCUUCAACCAGCAGUUCACCCAGUCGCAGGCUCCAGCUGACGGAAUGAACCUACAGCUCUAUCCAGAAGGUAACAACUGGUUUGGACCUCAGCAGGGGCAGUUCCAGCAGAACUCCAGUGCUCACCAGCAGACCUUCUUUCAGCAGUUCCCCAACCAGCAACCACUGACCAGCACGCCUCAGGAAUUUAAUUCUGCACAGAACUCUCAAGGACAAUUUAGAAGCUUUCAGCAAGAUCCGGGGCAACAAUACGCAGCAUACAGACCCCAACAACCUGCCGUAAAUGCAGCCCAGCCACAAGCCUUCCAGUAUGGGCAGGGAGCUGCCUUUGGAGGAUUCCAGUGACUGGACGUGGCCUGAAGGACUGCUCUCACUGCGGACACCGGCGCACCACGAUCGGGAAACCGGGGAGCCCCCUUUCCGCCUGGACACCUCCCUGGAAUGCUGAGCAGAAGCAGCACCCUGAAGACAGAGGACUGGGAUCACCCCCAACCCGCUCAGCCCCUCUUACCGCCACCUCCAGUUUGUGUCUGCCAUGGAAACCUCAGCAUCCCACAUGUGAUCACCUCCAUCCCCAUUCCCUCCUCUCCCACAAUCCACUUCUCCCGUCCCCCUCUCUCCCCCCCACCGUCCCCCUCUCUCCCCCCGCCAUCUCCCUCUCUCCUCCCGCCGUCUCCCUCUCUCCCCCCACCGUCUCCCUCUCUCCACCCCGCCGUCCCCCUCUCUCACCCCCGCCGUCUCCCUCUCUCCACCCCGCCGUCCCCCUCUCUCACCCCCGCCGUCCCCCUCUCUCCACCCCGCCGUCCCCCUCUCUCCACCCCGCCGUCCCCCUCUCUCCACCCCGCCGUCCCCCUCUCUCACCCCCGCCGUCCCCCUCUCUCACCCCUGCCGUUGCCUUCUAUCCCCUCAAUCCCUCCUGUCACUGAUCGCUCUCAGAUCAGGCAUACUCCUCCUCUCUUCCUCCAUCUUAUAAAUCUUUGCGAACCUAACAUUCACUGAAACGAACCAGCUCCAUCAGACUUCACUGCCUCUUCAGAUGGAGCGUCCCCAAUUUUACCAGCUUGCUGAUUAACAAAACUUCCCGACGUCUUCCCUCUCCUCUUUCAGCCGAGGAGUGGUUGGUUAACUUCUAAUGGGGCAUUGGCUUCUGAGAGCAUCUUGCCAGAGUUCUCUUUCCUGAGCCAGUCUUUCACAUUGUCUCCAGGUAUAGCCUAUCUUGAAAGAUCCUUCCUCUCCCAGGGAUGAGGUUGCUAGCCCCAUGCCCAACCCUCCUCCUUUCGCAGCUGGGCUUGCAACGUUCAUGGUGGUGCCUUCAUCACAAAUCCUCCUGCCACUGGAGAUCUCCUCCUCCCCCUCAACUCAAUCGAUCCCUGGCCUCUAGCAGUCUCCCGAGCAUGGAGAGCAGUGGCAGCCUCUACCACCCCUCUGGAGGACAGAGAGGGACCAAAUUCGUGAGCUGCAGAACCCUUGGCCUCAGCCAUGGAGACACUCUCACACCUGUAACCUAUGCCAUCCCCUCCUCUGUGUCCUGGGCUCCAAGUGAGGCUGAAAAUGCGAGCAAGUCCACUCAAGGCACAUCGCUAAUAAGACCAUGUUGGAAGAGGCCAUACCUGGGCAAGUGACCCUGGAAAGAAACCUGCAGCUGCUCACCCACUCUGGGGAUCAUUACAAAACGGUUUUAAUUUUGUAAAGUUAAUCAUUUGGGUAUUUGGUACUUUUUGGGGUGAUGUGAAGUUUAAAAUGGUUUGAAAGAGUGAGGUUGAAUUUGUAUCUGGGAAUAUGUUGGGUGAGAGAAAGGAAUUGUUAAAUUGCAGCUAAAUGAUUAAAGUUUUGUUAAUAACA